AUGGAAAACGGAAAGUUGGGUUAGGGUUGUUCGAGAAAAUAUAAACAUUGCAUUUCGUAGUAAUAUAGUUAUUGUAUCUUUUAAAAUACUAUAUUUAUUUAAAAAAAAUACAUUUACGUCAUGGUGUUUCUAUCUGUAGUGAAUUUUAUACGUGCUAGGGGUCCUGACGAAUUUUGGAGGAAGAGAAGAGUUUUCAGAUUGGCUUCUCAUUACAUUGGCCGCCGUAGAAAUUGCUAUUCAGUAGCAGUACGUAAUGUUCAUCGGGCACUAGUUUACGCAACAAAAGGUAGAGAGUUGAAAAAAGAAGAUAUGAGAGAAUUAUGGGACACUCGUAUCACUGCUGCUUGUGAACAACACAAUAUUACAAGAUUCACUCUGAAGGAGGGCUUAGACCGUUCCAACAUAAUGUUGGACAGAAAGUCACUAUCAGAUCUAGCCUCCUGGGAGCCGAGAACAUUUGAAUGUCUUGCUGCUAUAGCCAAAGAAAAACUAAGACUUGAUGGUUUCAUAGACAAUGUUGAUAAAAAACACCCCACCGGAGCAGAAUUAAACCUAAAAGAUGUAAUGCUUGAAGCUUGGUUAAAAGAAAAAAAAUAGAUUGCUUAGUAUUUUAUAUUUAGAAUGUUAAAUAAAUAAUAGCUAUGUAACA